AUGGUGGUAGUGGCAGAAGUAGCUAUUGGAGUUACAGUGAUGGGGUUCUUCCUAUCGCCUCAUAUCACCAAGCUCAUGGAGGUCGCACGGGACUGGGCAGACGGCAAAGUCACCAACUACAAACUCUCUCAGGGCAACAAGGAUUUGCUGCGGAAACUUGCGCAGGAUCUGGAGGGCAUCAGAUGCUCCCUCAACCCAUCCAGCACGGCCUUUAUCGACGACCAAGUCAAGCUCGACCUCCUGUGGCGGCUCAAGGAUGACAUCCACGACGCCGAGGAGGUUCUCGACCUGUUCGAGCUGGAGAUCAAGGCAGCAGCCGUGAUCAAGAAGAGGAAAAAAAAGACAAAGAAGAAGAAGAAGCGGCACGGCACGCAAUCCAACAAAGGUUGGCUAGCGAUUCAGCUCAAGAAAGUGCUCGACAGUCUAGAGAAGACUCGUGAGAGGACGAGGGAACUCCAUCAAGUGCAGAGCCCCCCCUUCUUGACAAGAGAAGAAACGGGCCCGAUCCCGGUGAGGGACCAGGAGAGCUUCUUCGGGUACCAGGAGGAGUAUGCUCACCUGGUCUCCAUGUUGCAGAAGCAGCCGGAUGGUAACAAAGUGGACAGCAAGGUGAAGCAGGUAAUUGCCAUCGUCGGCCAUGCCGGGAUGGGGAAGACCGAGCUUGCUCGCCAGGUGUUUCGGGCAGCUAAACACAAAUUUGAUCUUGGCAUAUGGGUGCACGCAUAUGGCAAAAACACCGAAUUAGACCUCCUGAAAGAGAUCUGGAAGUCUGGUGCCGGUGAAAAACCGGUCGGCGAGAUGAACGUCGCAUGCCUCCAGAGGGAACUCGAGAAGCUCUUGGCGUCCAAGAGGUGCCUUCUGGUACUGGACGACGUAUGGAACCAUGAAUCGGCGACCAGCGAGCAGAAGAGGAAGCAGGCAUCUUUAGCGUUGGACUCCUUUAAGCGCUUCGCCGAAAAUGGAAGCAGAAUCGUGAUGACGACUCGGGCCAAGAUCUGUUCGGACACGUUCAAAGCUGAUGCAAGCAUCACUCUAGAUGGGAUCAAACCCAAAGAGGUCACAGAUCUGCUCAACCACGCUGUGAUUGAUGGUACUAGUGGUAGUACCAGGAUACAGAAGCUGCUAAACAAUCAAGUGCCCAAGCUGAAGGGAUCGCCGUUGGCAGCCGUAGAGAUCGGUGAGGCGCUCAGGAAACAAACCACAAGUGACAAGAGGUGCGACAUCUUACACAACAUUGAACAUCAUCUGGGCAGCGUAUUGGAGGGCCAUCUGUUCACGUAUCGCCAUCUGCCGCCGCACCUGCAGCGCUGCUUCGAGUUCUGCAGCAUAUUCCCAUACGGUUGGAGUUUCGAGCCUAAGAAAUUGAUGAACAUGUGGAUAGCACAUGGUUUCGUGGAGGACCCUCGGCAGGGUCCGAGCAUGGAAGAUGUCGCCAGGGCCUACUUCGACAGCCUUGUGGAUCGGUCAUUGUUCAGAGAAGUAUGUGAGCCAGGACGCAAAGAACCGACUUAUGUGAUCCACGAGCAGAUCCAUUGGAUGAUACGCGUGGCCUCUGCCAACAACUGCAUGAGCAUCUCUGGCGACAGUACUAGCCAUAGCACAGGCGCAGCCAGGACAAGCAUCCCUACAACGGUUCGCCACUUGUCGGUUACCAGCAGCCGUCUUGAUAAGCUCGAGGAGUACUCCAUAGGACUCAGCAAUCUGCGGACCUUGCUAGUCCUAAAUGAUGGUAAUGACUUGAUCAGUGACACUGACAAAGAUAUGCUCCAACAAUUCAAAGGUGUGAGAGUACUGGAUCUCACGGGGACAGCAAUACCUGAACUUCCAGCAAGUAUUGGCAAGCUGAAACAUGUGAGGUACCUUGGUCUUCCUAUCACCAUCAGCAACAAUCUCGGUGACCAAGUCACCAGGCUACUGUUUCUCCAGACACUGAGUGUGGGCCAGGGCGACGAAGAGAAGAACAGAGACAGAAAAAGACAGUGUAUCACCAACAUAAGCGGAAUAGGAAUGUUGGUUAAACUUCGAGAAUCGAUCGUGUUCGAGGUCAAGAGGGGUUUGGAGAAAGAAGGGCAUAGCGUGUUGGAGCUGGCCAACAUGAACUCCCUACGAGGGACGCUGAGAAUAAUAGGCCUCGACGGUGUCGGGAGCAAGGAAGAAGCCGAGCAGGCUCUACUAGGAAACAAAUCUUCUGUAAAGGUUCUAAAGCUUGAGUGGGGGGCUCCGAGUUUGCGACAACUUGAAGAAGAACCUGCCGCUGGAUGCAACCCCGCGGUGGCCGUCCUGGAAGGCCUCAAGCCUCACAGCCAUCUCCAUCACCUACAUAUCACCAGGUACCCUGGGGAGAAGUCGCCUACCUGGCUGAGUGAACCGGAGAAGAUGCAGAAGCUUACGCGCCUGUACCUCAAGAACUGUAGGAAGCUCAAGGAUCUUCCGGCCGUGGGCCGGCUCCCCUGUCUGGAGCUUCUGGUUAUCAAGGAGCUCACCACCGUCGUGAGGAUCGACAGUGGCUUCUGCGGCGGCGGCGAGUUCCCAAUGCUGAACAAGAUCGUGCUGGACGACAUGGAGGAGCUAGUGGCGUGGGAUGAUAUGCCGAAAAUGGCGUUCCCACUGCUCAGGGACGUAAUCAUCGCGGACUGCCCACGGCUGUCCUCCUUGUCAGCCCUUGGGCGCUGCACAGGUCCACUCAACCUGAGCGUCACGAGGUGCCCGGCCAUCACACAGGUCACCCUGCCCGCAAAUUUUAAUGGUGGCAACUCUAGCUGCAAAUUUUACUAG